AUGAGGGCAAGGAGAAAUUUGGUCCAAGUUGAUGAAAAUGUUGAGGUCCAUGACUUAGAACAAGCCGAAGAUGAGUUUGAUCAACAGUAUGUUCGGAGUGCCCAAGAACAAAGGGGCCAAAGGAGAUAUAGAGGAAGAGGAGGUCGAGGAGCAUAUGUUGGGAGAAAUCUUGAGCAUGACUAUGGAAACCAUGAUGAUUAUCCGGAUCUGGUCCGAGGGAAUCAAGGUAGAAGGGAUACUAAUCUUAACAAUGUCAAGAUCACUAUUCCACCAUUUAAAGGAACUAGUGAUCCGUACAAGUACAUCGAUUGGAAGAUUCGGAUUGAGAGAAUAUUUGACACAAAUGAACUUUCGGAGGAGCGGAAAGCGGUUUAUGCCAUUGCCUCUUUUGAAGGCUAUGCUUCUAUAUGGUGGGAAUCAGAAAAGCGAGUUCGGAGAAGACAUGGUUUACCGGAACAUCUUACUUGGGGACAAUUGAAACAUGUCAUGGAUGCUAAGUAUGUCACUGCCAAGCAUCAUCAAGAGCAGCUCCGAAGGCUCUAUGAAUUGAAGCAGGGUUCUAAGACCAUAGAAGAGUUCUAUGAUGAGUUUGAGAAAGCAAGAAUGGCUCUUGAUCUUGAAGAAGACGAGGAGCAGCUUAUCAUCCGAUUCAAAGCUAGGUUGAACCGAGAAAUCUCAUCUCAAUUGAGGUUACUCACUUACUAUACUCUUGAUGAGGUGUUCCAAGCGGCUAUAGAGGCAGAAAAAGGGGUCAAAGAGGACAAGACAUUCAGAUUGAGAGGAAGUGCCAAUACUACUCCGUGGAGUAGGGGUAAGGAUUUGAAGAGUCCAAGUUCGAGUGCUAGCCGUGAUGUUAAAAGGCCACUUGAAAAGAAUCCAACCAAAUCUGAACCAAAGGACUCCGGAGGUAAAGCUCAACUCAAUUCUCCUAGUGCUUCAUCUAUUCAAUGUCAUAAAUGUAGGGGAUCUGGGCAUAUGGCCAAAGAGUGUCCUACUCGGAGGACCAUGCUUAUUCUUGAUGAUGGCACUGUUCAAGAACAAGAAAGUGAACCAGAAGAUGGCAAUGAAAAAGAACUUGAUCAUGGUCUUGAGAAACCGGAAGGAGAAGAGGAGGAUGAUCUGCCCGAAAUGUAUCUUGUGGUGUGGAGAAAUUUGAGCACUAUAAGCUUGGAAAAUGAAGAAGAUGUGCAAAGGGAGAAUCUUUUUCAUGCUAGGUGUAGGGUAAAGGGGAAGUUUUGUUCAUUGAUUGUUGAUGGAGGAAGUUGUGCUAAUGUUGCUAGCCAAACUUUGGUUGAGCAAUUGAAACUACCUACAUUGAAACAUUCCCGACCCUACCGAUUACAAUGGCUCAAUGAGUGUGGUGAAUUGCGAGUUACAAAGCAGGUUUUGGUUAAGUUCAAGAUAGGAGCUUACCAAGAUGAGGUAAAAUGUGAUGUGGUACCAAUGCAGGCAUGCCAUUUACUUUUGGGAAGGCCGUGGCAAUAUGACAGAGCUGCGAUUCAUGAUGGCCGAGCCAACACAUAUGCAGUUCAAAGUGAAGGUAAGAGUCUCAUACUCAAGCCUUUGUCACCAAAGCAAGUGAUAGAAGAUUAUCGUCGGAUGAAGGAGUUGAAGGAAGCGGUUAAAGGUAAGGCUAGUAUUGUGACUGAUCAUAAGUCCACAUCACCACCGCUGGGUAACGAAAAGGUAUGUGCAAUCAUGCAACUGGGAGAGUACUUUAAAGGAUUUUGUGGAUGUAUUUCCCGAGGAGAUGCCAAGUGGACUGCCUCCCUUGAGAGGAAUUGA